AUGGGAGCAGGCGGUAGAUGCACGCCUCAAAGAGGAGCUCCAAAAGUUGGAGAGGAAAGUGAUCCCUGCCGAUGCUGCUGGCCAGCUGGAAAGAAGAGGCGGGUACCCGCCCGCCGGCGUGGUGGUGCUGAACAAGCUCGCGGAGCAGAAGGUGGAGGCGGCGUUGGCUCCUCUGCGGGGCGAGGACGGGCAUCUGCGCCCGGUGCUGCCGAGGUCUUGGCGCUUCAAGGGAAAGCUCACCUGGGAGCGCGUCAGUGCCAUCUAUGCCGCCCUGGAGGCCUUCAACUUCAAGGGCGAGCAGAUCCGGCUAGCCAUGGGCAAGACCGGGGGCUACGACGCCCGGGCGGCGCUGGAGUGGCUGCUGGUGAACAUCCCCAAGCAGGAGCUGCCGCGGCACUUCGGCGGGGAGAGUUUGGGGGACGACCCCCAGCAGGCGCUGGCGGAGCUGGAGGCGGAGGAAGGCUUCGUGCCGCCGGACCAGGUGGAGGCGCCCUUCGGCGCCGCGGCCCUGCAGCCGGACCCGGCGGAGGAGAGGCAGCAGCUGCCGAAGAAGCCAAGGCAAAAGCUAGCGAGCCGGAGAAGGAGAAGAAGGAGCCGCCGAAGGAGGAGAAGGCGCCGAAGGAGGACAAGGAGCGGCCGGCCUGCGACAAGGAGGCUGGCAAGGACUUCGCGCGGCGGUGGCUGGAGCAAUACCAGGAUGCGGAGGAGGAGGACGCGCUGCUGAGCCCCGAGGAGUUGCUGCACCUGGAGCGGAAGAAGGAUCCCACCGCCAGGUACAUCAAGGUCUUCCUCCAGUACGAGGACGCUGGCAAGGUCUUGAAGGCGUUGAAGGAAAAGAAGCGCCGUGGCGCUUUCAAGCAGAACAUCAGCGCAGAUCAGCAGAAGCAGCGGGAGGCCGCGAACAAGCUGCUGAACUGCAAGUCGGAGCUGGAGCUGCUGGAGUCGGGGAAGUAUGGGCCCUUGGACCAGGAGCGGAUCGCCCAGGCGAAGCCGAAGAAAGCCCCGAAGGAGGAGAAGGAGAACGGCAAGGAGCAGGAGAAGGAAGUUGAUGAGGAGAAAGACGAGAAGAAGGACGCCGACGAGGAGGACCCCGAGAUGCCCUCGCUCUUCGAGAACGGCGAUGAGGCUUCGCCGUCCGAAGCUGAGCCGAAGCCGCAGAUCCGGGCCUUUGGCCUGGGGAGUUGGACCGGGCGCACGCCCAAAGAGGCGAUGGAGGACUUUGUGAAGAAGAAGUUCUGGGGGAAGCACCAGGGGCCUCUGGGCCGGUACACCAAGAUCCAGGUCCCAGCAGGAGGCGGGCACCGCGCCCGCGUCACCGUGCAGCUCCCGCGGAACCGGCGGCGCCGCUUUGAUCCGGAGGAGCCCUGCGAGACUGCCAAGGAGGCGGAGCACCUGGCGGCCACGCUGGCGCUGAUGAAGCUCUCCGAGGAGGCGGACAAGCCGGGCCUGCAGCGGGGCCUGCCGCCGGCCUACCGGCAGCAGUGGCAGGAGUGGGAGCAGCAGGUCGCAGCGGAGCAGCAGGAGAGCGCAGGAAGACGCUGGUCAAGGACAAGAUCCUCUUCCUGGAGCGAUUGCUGCGCACGAAGCCGGCAACUCUGCAGGCGAAUCUGGGGCUAG